AUGCGAGUCCCUGAAGAUAAGCAUGCAGCUAUUAUCGAAGAAUUAUGUGGGGUAAUUCUCCUGGUCGUCCCUGGAUUUCCCAUUAGUAUGAGGAUAAUGUAUGUGACUCGUCAAGUAGCCCUCGAGGGGUUGGAGAUGGUGAGGGUUGAUAGUUUGGGGGAAGCCAGUGUUGGAGACACACCCUGCGCUAUUUGUAUGGAGGACAUUGAUCACUUUCGAGGGAUUGAUAAAGAUGAGCAGACGAUUAUUCGCUUGCCCUACUUGCACCUUUAUCACGGAGAUUACAUUGUCCCCUGGCCGCACAGGCGUCAGUACAAUUACUUGUAUUACGAAGCAUCUAUAUCACUAAAGAGCAAUAACCUACAUGGGAACAUACCUUCUGAGAUUGGCCAAUCGCAGCUUCUAACAACUUUGUAUCUUAGCAACAACAACAUCUCCGGUAAUAUUCCAGAACAGAUAGCUAACCUCAAGGGCAUGCAGAUUUUGGAUCUCUCCAUGAACCAAUUGUCUGGAAACAUCCCAGCGUCUUUCACAAGUCUUCAUUUCUUAUCAAAAUUCAACGUCUCCUACAAUAAUCUUGAAGGGCCAAUACCAUCAAGUACUCAGCUCCAAAGUUUCGAUGCUUCUGCGUUUGAGGGGAAUCUGAAACUUUGUGGUGACCCACUUCCAAAUAAGUGUAAGAGAACCGAGGGCACUGAUGAACCUGAUAUGAAUAACACAGAUGCAGACAUGAAGGAGCGGCAAUUUCCAUGGUUCUAUGUUUCCGCUGCACUUGGGUUCUUUAUAGGAUUUUGGGGAGUCUUUGGUCCUUUAGUAUUUCUGCAGAAAUGGAGUAUUCCUCGUGGAUUUGGGAAGUGUUCCGAGUUGCAGGUUCUUCGUGCUGGUUACAAUUACCUAUCAGGAUCGCUUCCAGAAGAUAUCUUUAAUUCUACCUCACUUGAAGAGAUCUCACUACCUCUAAAUUCAUUGAAUGGAGCAAUCAGUGAUGGAAUUGCCAACCUCAUCAACCUCACAACUCUUGAUCUCUGCUAUAACCAAUUGAGUGGUGUGCUCCCUCUCCAUCUUGGGAAGCUCUCAAAGUUGAAACAGAUACUCCUUGAUUUCAACUCUCUGGAAGGUUCAUUGCCUCUAUCCUUGAUGAAUUGCACAAAACUUGUUGAACUUCGUAUGGGAGCCAACAACUUGGGAGGUGAUAUCUCCAUGCUCGAUUUUUCAAAACUCAGCCAACUUAGUAAACUUGACUUGCGGAUGAAUAACUUCUUUGGUGUCUUACCUAGAAGCCUCUACUCGUGCAAGUUCUUGAAAGCAAUUCGAGUGAGCUAUAAUAAUCUAGAGGUUCAAAUACAGCCUGAAAUUGCUUCAUUGAAAUCCCUGUCCUUCCUCUCACUGGGAGUAAACAAACGUUUGACGAAUGUCAAAGAGGCAAUGAAGAUACUGAUGGGUUGCAAAAGCCUUGUAGUCCUAUCAUUAGCAUCCAGUUUUGUAGGUGAGGAAUUUCCUACUGAUCUUGGGAAAGCUGAUUUUGAUGGAUUCCAAAAUCUUCGAAUUUUGGAUUUGAGUUCCUGUAACCUUACUGGUCAACUCCCUUUAUGGCUAUCAAAGCUCAGAAAGUUAGAGUCCUUGAGUCUGAGUCAUAAUAGAAUCACAGGCUCAAUCCCAAGUUGGAUAGGGAGUCUUCCUAGGCUCUAUUCUAUAAUCAUGGACUUCAACCUACUUUCAGGUAAAAUUCCAAAGGAACUGUGGAUGCUCCCUAUGUUGGUAUCUGAACAAGCUGCAGCUACUGCAGGUACUGCUCUUGAUCUGCCUUACUUCUACCCCAGUGUUGAUUAUGCAAAACCUAUACAGUACAAUUACUUGUAUUACGAAGCAAUGAUAUCCCUAAAAAGCAAUAACCUAUAUGGGAACAUACCUUCUGAGAUCGGCCAAUCGCAGCUUCUGACAUAUUUGGAUCUUAGCAACAACAACUUGUCCGGUAAUAUUCCAGAACAGAUAGCUAACAUAAAGGGCAUGCGGCAGUUGGAUCUCUCCAUGAACCAAUUGUCUGGAAAUAUCCCCACGUCUUUCACAAGUCUUCAUUUCUUAUCAAAACUCAACGUCUCCUUCAAUAAUCUUGAAGGGCCAAUACCAUCAAGCACUCAGCUCCAAAGUUUCAAUGCUUCUGCGUUUGAGGGGAAUCGGAAUCUUUGUGGUGACCCACUUCCAAAGUGUAAGAGAACUAAGGGCACUGAUGAACCUGAUAUGAACAACACAGAUGCAGACAUGAAGGAGCAUCAAUUUCCAUGGUUUUAUAUUUCUGCUGCACUUGGGUUCAUUAUAGGAUUUUGGGGAGUCUUUGGUCCUCUAGUAUUACUGAAGAAAUGGAGGUAUGCAUAUUACCACUUCCUAGACAAUGGAUAUGAAAGGUUCAUGGUGAUGAUACUAAAGCGUAUGGCCAGAUUGAAGCGCAGGUUUAGUAGAAGUUAG